AUGCUAACACUCCCGUUUGAUGAGUCUGUUAUGAUGCCCGAGUCCCAGAUGUGCAGAAAGUUUUCCAGAGAAUGCGAGGACCAGAAGCAAAUUAAGAAACCGGAAAGCUUUGCCAAACAGAUCGUCCUUCGAGGAAAGAGCAUCAAAAGAGCCCCCGGAGAAGAGAGCGAGAAGGAGGAAGAGGAGGAAGACAGGGAAGAGGAAGAUGAAAAUGGGUUGCCCAGGAGGAGGGGUCUUAGGAAAAAAAAGACGACCAAGCUGCGCCUGGAGAGGGUCAAGUUCAGGAGACAGGAAGCGAACGCGCGGGAGAGGAACAGGAUGCACGGCCUCAACGACGCUCUGGACAAUUUGAGGAAAGUGGUCCCCUGUUAUUCGAAAACCCAGAAACUGUCCAAAAUAGAAACUUUACGCCUGGCCAAAAACUACAUCUGGGCCCUUUCGGAAAUCCUACGAAUCGGCAAGAGACCUGAUCUGCUCACGUUCGUCCAAAACUUGUGCAAAGGUCUCUCCCAGCCAACGACAAACUUGGUGGCAGGAUGCCUGCAGCUCAACGCCCGGAGCUUCCUGAUGGGGCAGGGCGGGGAGGCCGCGCAUCACACAAGGUCACCCUACUCCACCUUCUACCCGCCCUACCACAGCCCCGAGCUCACCACCCCCCCAGGACACGGGGCUCUGGAUAAUUCCAAGUCCAUGAAACCCUAUAAUUAUUGCAGUGCGUACGAAUCCUUCUACGAAAGCACCUCCCCUGAGUGUGCCAGCCCUCAGUUCGAAGGUCCCUUAAGUCCUCCCCCAAUUAACUAUAAUGGGAUAUUUUCCCUGAAGCAAGAAGAAACCUUGGACUAUGGCAAAAAUUACAAUUACGGCAUGCAUUACUGUGCAGUGCCACCCAGGGGUCCCCUCGGGCAGGGUGCCAUGUUCAGGUUGCCCACCGACAGCCACUUCCCUUACGACUUACAUCUGCGCAGCCAAUCUCUCACCAUGCAAGAUGAAUUAAAUGCAGUUUUUCAUAAUUAA